AUGUGUAUGGGGGUGUAUGAAGAGUGGUCAGGGACUGGUGACAUUUGUGAGAUCUUGGGUGGCAGGGUUCCGGAGUCUGAGGCGAGCGGCAGGAUGCCUGGCCUGGUUAACCGGAGCAGCGGUGCCUCUCUCCCACUCACGGCUUCCGAGGUCACCUCCUGCGUCAGCGGGUACGCCUUCGGCAUGACGGCCUCCCUGACGUACGGCAACCUGGAAACCCAUCCUUUCGAGGGCCUCUUUGUGUAUCCGCUGGAUGAAUUCACCGCCGUGGUUGGAUUUGAGGCCGUUAUUUCGGAGCGGAUUGUCACUGUGCAGAUCAAGGACAAGGCCAAACUUGAAGACGGCUAUUUUGACCACUGCGGCCUCUCUGAUGGCAGUGCCCUUGACGGGACUGCCCGGAUUGCUCUGGACGAGGACCUGGAGCGGAUCGUGUUCGUGGCCAACCUCGGCAUCAUCACCCCCUUGGAGAGCGUGACCAUCUGCAUCAGCACCUCCUCGGAGCUCCAGACCCUGCCCAGCGGGGCGGUCCAGGUCCUCCUCCCAGCCGUGUGCGUCCCCCCCGUCCCCCCGUUCUGCACCGACAACUCCGGCUUCUCCGCUCAGCAGCUACGAGGCAGAGACAGAAAUUACAGUGGAUCCAGGACCCCAGAUCAGCCCACCAGGUUAUGCCUGGCCCAGCUUCUGGAGAACGAGGUGGUGAACCCCAUGGAGUACGAGUUCAGCUUCCAGCUAGAGAUCAGGGGACCGUGCCUUCUUGCAGGGGUGGAGAGCCCCACUCAUGAGAUCCGAGCUGAUGCUGACCCUUCCGCCCAUUCAGCCAAGAGCAUCAUGAUCACCCUGGCCAACAGACACACUUUUGAUCGUCCCGUGGAGAUUCUCAUCCAUCCCAGUGAACCCCACAUGCCACACGUCUUGAUGGAACAGGGGGAUAUGACCCCGGCAGAGUUUGAGCAGCACUUGAAGGGGAGAAGCGAUUUCAUUAAAGGGACCAAGAAAGAUGCCAGCGCGGAGAGAAAGACGGAAAUCAUCAGGAAGCGCCUCCACAAGGACGUGACCCAUCACCCGGUGCUCAUGCUGAACUUCUGCCCCGACCUGAGGACUGUCCAGCCGGACCUGAGGAAGACCCAGGGAGAGUUUCUGUUCCUCAUAGACCGGAGUGGCAGCAUGAGCGGUGUCAACAUCAGUCGGGUUAAGGAUGCCCUGCUUGUCAUUCUGAAGAGCCUCAUGCCGGCUUGUCUGUUCAACGUCAUCGGAUUCGGCUCCACUUUUAAGACUCUCUUCCCUUCGAGCCAGACCUACAGUGAGGAGAGCCUGGCCACCGCUUGCAAGACCAUCAAGCAUCUGCGGGCUGACAUGGGGGGCACGAACAUCCUGUCCCCGCUCAAGUGGAUCGUCCGCCAGCCCAUCCACCGGGGUCAUCCGCGCCUGCUCUUUCUGCUCACCGACGGGGCGGUCAGCAACACGGGCAAGGUCCUAGAACUGGUGCGGAAUCAUUCCUUUUCCAUCAGGUGCUACAGUUUUGGGAUCGGGCCAAAUGUCUGUCGGAGGCUGGUUCAGGGUUUGGCGGCUGUGUCCAGAGGAAGCGCUGAGUUCCUGGUGGAGGGAGAGCGGCUUCAGCCAAAGAUGAUCAAGUCUCUGAAGAAGGCCAUGGCUCCUAUCCUGAGCGACGUCACCGUGGAGUGGGUCUUUCCCGAGAACACGGAGGUCCUGAUUUCUCCCGUCAGUGCCAGAUACCUCUUCCCCGGAGACCGGCUGGUGGGAUACAGCAUCGUGUGCGACACUUCCCUGUACUUCUCCAAUCCCAGAUCUGAUAAGAGGCGUCGCUACAGCAUGAUGCACUCCCAGGAGUCGGGCAGUUCUGUGUUCUUCCACUCCCAGGAGGAAGGAGCCGGGCUGGACAGCGGAAGUGGCUCCAAAGAGUCCGAUGGGCCGCUCCAUUCCGAGAGGACUCCGGACCUCCCAGCGUUCGGUGGAGAGCUGGGGAGAGACUCCGACCCCGACACCGAGCCGGACCCCUGGCUGCACCGGAGGGCCUACAGCACCAACCAGAUCAGCGACCGCGAGCCCUGCAAGCGAGUGCCCACGGCCAGCGACCCCAGCGCCGCCGCAACCGGGAAGAAUCCCCUCCGAAAAGCCCGCGUACAGGACCUCCUGGGCCAGCCCAGCCCUGAGCCCCGGCCCUGGCAGACAGAUCUCCAGUCUCUUGUAGGUGACCGCCCUGCCCCCAGCACCAGUUCCAGUUCUGGGUCCAGCCCGAUGCCCCGGGGCUCAGGGGCCAGGAGGCCCUCCCUGCUGCCCUACAGCUGCACAUCCUUCAGCCGCAACCCGGACCCCCAGGAAGGCCAGCGCAGGACCCCCUGGAGGGGCUGGGACCAACUGGACACCAGCCCCGGGCUGAAAUCCUCCUCCGACAGCCGCAGCCCCGGAGAUCUGGAGCUGGUCCAUCACCCGCCCUUCACCUUGGAGAUGGAGACCCCGUUUGACUGGGAGGCUGCCGAGCCGGAGCGCGGCCCAGGCCGGGGCUGGGCCGGCCAGCGCUCCGCCUGCCGGGCCGUGGUGAAGGGCCUACGGAACAGCGAGCCGCUGCAGUGGGAGGUGGCCUUCGACCUCGGGCCCCUCUUCCAGGAGCGGGAGGGUCCCACGGGGGCCGACGGAGACCUGUGGAAUGAGACCUUCCACCACCUGGCCUCGAGGUCCGUCAUCCGGGAUUUUGAGCAGCUGGCAGAGUUGGAGUGUGAAAUCGAGCAUGGAUCCGGACGCCGGUACCAAGUCAACGCAGUGCACACCAGCAAGGCCUGCAAUGUCAUCAGCAAGUAUACGGCCUUCGUGCCCGUGGACCUGAGCCGCAACAACUACCUGCCCACUGUGGUGGCGUAUACAGGCACGGGUGGGGCAUCCAAAGGAGGCAGCCAGCGUGGUUUAAGCCCCGGAAGCAAGAAGUCCCGGGGAUUCUCCAUUGGAUUGGGGAGAUGCCAGUCGACCUGCGGCCAGGAUGCAUUAGAUGAUGGAUUUCACAGCCUAAAUCUGGAGGAGAACAGCGAGUCCCUCUGCAGUUCCCCCUCCUCUUCCAGCUGGGAAAAGUGCAGUUUUCCAGAUGCUCCUCUGGGCAGCCCAUCCAUCUCCACUUCCUCUCCAAAGUCCUCAGAAAUCCUCUUUGCUGCCAGGUUGAGCCUGAAUAAAACCAGGCUUCUGACUCGAGCCGCCAAAGGGUUCAUGAGCCGAUCGCCAACGAAGCCCACUGAGCCGCCAGCUGUCGAGAGCGAGAGUGAGAGCAUGGAUUAUCUGCCGCUGGUGUCCCUGCAGCUGGCCUCAGGUGCCUUCCUGCUCGACUCGGCCUUCUGUGGAGCCACCGGCAUCCCCAUGGAGAAGCUGAAGUGGACCUCCCCGUUCCUCUGUCACCGGACCUCCCUCACAUCCUGCUCCCACAGCAGCUCCUGCAGCACUAGCAAGCUUCUAUCAGGGGGGCCCAGCGAGCAGGAGAGCACCCCCCUCCCAGCUGCAAGUGGUCCCCCUGAAGCCCCCCGCCCCCGGCACUGGUCAGGUGGUGCAGCUGAGAGCCCCUCCCGGGGUCUCAGGGCUGAGGAUGGACUUUCCCCCGUUCCCCUCCCCGGCCGCCGCAUCUCCUCGCCGGAGAGACCCCGGGCGGCCUCCGCCGACAGCGGGCAGGGAUCCGAGGCGGAGAGCCCGGAGCUGGGGCCCGGGCUGAUGGGGAUGGAAAAAGAGGGGAGGCUGUGGGCCACGGCGGUGGCGCUGGCCUGGUUGGAGCACAGCUCGGCCGCUUACUUCAUCGAGUGGGAGCUGUUGGCGGCCAAGGCCAGCACCUGGCUCGGCCAGCAGGAAGUGCCUGAAGGCCGCACUUUGGCCGCUGUCAAGGCCGCCGCCCGGCAGCUCUUUGUCCUGCUGAGGCACUGGGAUGAGAACCUGGAAUUCAACCUACUCUGCUACAACCCCAACAGCAUGUAG